CGUCAGGUAUCUGGCAGGUCGCACUCACGCACACAGGUGGGGCCGCAUUCAGAGGGAGAUCUCCGAGACAUAAGUCCUCAAAUAGUUGACAGAGAUGGAAAGCGGUCCGUUUAAUCGGCGGUCCUGGGCGACGCAGUCCUUGCGUGUGACUGCCAAGGAGGUGUCUCUGGUCAGUGGACGAGGGAAAACCAAUGCCAUUGCAGAACGCUUCUCCAAAUACCAGAGAGCUGCUGAAGAGUCGAGUGCAGAAAAGAAGAAAGGUUCCUUUGAAAGUGCAACAACCUCCCUGCGCUCUGGCAACCUAAGUGCUCUGAAGAAGCGCUGGGAGCAAACAGGAAACCUAAAUCAAGACAAGACUGCUUCUAUUCCACCACCAACCCAGUCCAGCAUUCGUCGCAGGCCCCCAGCGUUGACGAGGCCUGCGUCUAUCACUGAGGACGCCCCCCCGGUGAAGAGCCCCGCCCCGCUGACCCAUCAGGGAGGUCGGCCUGCAGCCAGUCAGAUCCAGCCGCCACCCGCAGCGCCAGAGGGUGAAGAGCACGGAGGGAUGGACAGGGAGGAGAUGUCACACAGUGGAAGACCCGAGAAGAUUGAAGAAGAAGCCCCGACGAGCCCAUGUGCCACAUAUGAAAAACCCUCAGUGCCACUGAGUCGUCUGAAGAUGAAGUUUGAGAAGUUUGAAGACUCUACGGACAAGGGUCUGGAGACGACGGCUCCAAAAACAUCUGCCCCUGUACACGAGAAACACUCACCUGCCCCUGAGUGCAACGGUGAGAGCGCAGAGAAACCAAAAGCAGCCAGAAAGUUUUGCCCACCGGUGAGGGAGACGUGCAUUGCUUGCCUGAAAACGGUGUACCCACUGGAGAGGCUGGUGGCUCAUCAGCAUGUUUACCACAAAAGCUGCUUUCGCUGUGUUCACUGCAACACGAAGCUCAGUCUUGGGAACUAUGCGUCUCUUCAUGGGAACGUCUACUGCAAGCCCCAUUUCAGUCAGCUGUUCAAAGCCAAAGGCAACUAUGACGAAGGCUUCGGCCACCGUCCUCACAAAGAGCUGUGGGAGCAGAAGGCUGACGGAGAAGAAAGGGAGGAAACUAUGAAGCCAAAAGAAAAAGAAGCACCUGCACCAGUGAAAGCUGAGAGUCCCUCGGACAUACAGUCACCAGCGCCGCCUGAGGAAACAUCACCACAGGUUAAGGUGACUGACCUUACUGCCUUACUAGAGACCCGUGUGCAGACACAUGCAAGCUCUGGAGAGAAACCUCAGUCUCCAGACAAGCCGGCUGAGAAACGCAGGCUGAGGGUUGCCUGGCCUCCCCCGGCCGGGGAGGACCAGUCUGGAGCGCCGGCAUCCAGUCCAGGCACAGAGGGGGUUCCUUCAGGUCGGCCCUGGAGAGCCAAGUGGCCCCCAGAAGAUGAAGCACAGCAGCCAUCUUUCCAGAGCUCGGAGCGGGCUGAGCUGAAGAGCCUGAGGAGGAGCACUUCUCUGAAGGAACGCAGCCGCGCGUUUACAGUUGCAUCCAAAUCCAAUCCCGUCACCGGUCUGGGUUCGAAGGAGCGUCGUCGUCCUCCUCUCAGGUCACUGCUGGAAUGGAGAGCAUCAUUGGAGGAAAAGAAAACAUCUGAAGGAAGUCCAAACGAAAAUAACCAUGAGGUCCCACAGGGGAAACAGCUGAAAAAGGAAGAGAGAAAGAUGCCUGAAACACCAAGUGAAGAUACAGUGAUCACAAGUAAGACCAUCUUAGAAGAGGACACGGAGAUUCCACCUGGACAAAAGAAGGAAAGCUGCAAAGAGGAACAAAAUGGAAAAGUGGCAGCAGAUGAGAUGGCUGAGGAAAAAGCCUCCGAUAUGUCACCUUCCCCUUCUCCACCUCUUCUGCCAAAGCAGAACCGUGCCUCCCAGGAUGUGGGCUUCUGGGAAGGGGACAAAGAAGGAAGUGAUGCAGAGGAGCCGAGUCCAGAGGAUAUCAUCAAGAAGAACCGCUGUUACGAUGAGGAUGAGGACUGUGAAGUUUAAAAGCACCAGAAAAUUUCACCUACAUCCUCCGUAAAACGGUUUUAUUUUUUCUCGGAUCAUAGACGGAUCUCAGAUUUAGCUUCGCCAGAUUCUGUAGCCUUACUAGAGAUGCAAAACUGUUUGUCCAUACACACACAU